UGACUGAGCACUUUGAAACGUCAGUAUUACUUUCUUGAAAUAUAUGUAAACUUUCAAUAUAAUAAAAUCAGUAAAAAUAAUUUUAUUCUUAACAAUGUUAAAUAAGUAUUAAAUAUAUAAAUAGUAGAAAUUAUUCAAAACACAAAAGAUUGGUAUAUAAAUUAAUUAUAAAGAAUCAUGGCUACAAGUAUCAUUUUAAGGAAUUGGAAGAAUCUAUAUUCCAUUAGUAUUAACUGUUAUAUUAAAUGGAAUGGAUCAAAGCAUCUCAAGCAUAUUGGAACAGGAAUUUUAACAGGGCUUACUAUAUACAGUAUAUCUAACGUUACUACAGUUCUGGCAGCGCAGAAGAAUCUACACAAUUAUGUUAAAACCUUUAUGGCAGAGCCUAUUACAACUGUUGAAGAACUGCAGAAUAAUCCGGACAAGAUGAGAACGAAAAUGGAGCUGCUGGUGAUGAAAACACAGGCAGAUUUUUGCAGAGCUCUCGAAUCAUUAGAAAGCGAUGGAUCCUUGUUCAAAGUAGAUCGCUGGUCCAGAAAAGAGGGUGGUGGCGGUAUCACUUGCGUGCUGCAAGAUGGGGAAGUGUUUGAGAAAGCGGGUGUUAAUGUUUCUGUGGUGAGUGGCAUAUUGCCACCGAAUGCGAUCCAACAGAUGAGAGCACGUGGCAGAAAGAUAGAAGACUCGGUGCCGUUCUUCGCCGCUGGCGUGAGUGCUGUAAUUCAUCCGCGCAAUCCCAUGAUUCCUACGAUUCAUUUCAAUUAUCGUUACUUCGAGAUAAAAAAUCCGGAUGGUACUACUCAAUGGUGGUUCGGAGGCGGUACGGAUCUUACUCCGUACUACCUGAACGAGGAGGAUGUCAAAUACUUUCACGGAACAUUGAAGGCGGCGUGCGACAAGCACGAUCCCACCUAUUACGCCAAGUUCAAAAAGUGGUGCGAUGAUUACUUUUACAUUGCACACCGUAAAGAACGGCGCGGUGUAGGCGGGAUAUUUUUCGACGACCUCGAUACCCCAAGUCAGAACGAGGCAUUUCAAUUCGUGACUUCGUGCGCCGAGGCAGUUAUUCCGUCUUAUAUUCCCUUGGUGAAGAAACAUAAAAACGACGGCUAUGGAUAUCACGAGAGACAAUGGCAAUUAUUACGACGAGGUAGAUACGUCGAGUUCAAUUUAAUUUACGAUCGAGGCACCAAGUUUGGCCUAUAUACACCUGGCGCACGAUACGAAAGCAUACUCAUGUCCCUGCCCUUGAAUGCCAAAUGGGAGUACAUGCAUGAAACCGAAAUCGGCUCAAAGGAGUCACAACUUUUGGAGGUACUGAGAAAUCCGAAAAAUUGGUUGGACGAAACCAAAUCGGACGGAGGUCAUACGAAUAUAGAUUGAACAUAUGUAAUUUCAAAAGCAAUGAUCAAUGAUUUUUGGGAACAAUUAUGAGAAAGAUAAUAUAUUAUAAAUAUAUAUAGAUUAUUAUUUUAGUAUAUGAUCGAGAUCCAAAAACAAUAGAAGUUUAUAUAUCAAU